UGUUCCAAAGUCUUAAAAGUUCUUAUCAAACACCUAAACUCAAGGUUGAAAAUAUGGCUGCUGAGGAUACACCCCAAGACAUUGCUGAUAGGGAGAGAAUCUUCAAGCGUUUCGACACGAACGGCGAUGGCAAAAUAUCGUCCUCCGAGCUCGGCGAAGCCCUCAAAACCCUCGGGUCUGUCACCUCUGAUGAAGUUUGCAGGAUGAUGGCCGAGAUCGAUACUGAUGGUGAUGGUUUCAUUUCGUUUGAUGAGUUCACUGACUUUGCUCGCGCUAACCGCGGACUCAUUAAAGAUGUUGCCAAGAUCUUUUAGUUUAUGGAGUAGUUUCUUAAUUAUUAUACACAUUCAUUGUAUUUCUUUCUUGGUAGAAAUUUCAAGCAUCAUAUAUUCAUAAUUCAUAGGGGGACAAACACUAUAAAGCACAAGAUUUCCUUAAUCUUUAAAUAGUUAUUGUAUCAUUUUUGUUAACUUUUAAAUAUGUAAGCAAGAUUCUAAUCUGCA